UAAAACAUACGACGACCGUGGAUACUCUAAAAACGGGGAUAUUUAUUAAAAAUAGAUGACAGUUCCGUAUCUGACUCAGCUUUAAGAUAUAUAUUGUGCUGAAAAGCAGUCCUAAGCCCGUUAGGGCGAGUCGACCGUUUCGGGUUGUACAUUUUUAUUUGUGCCAAUUUUUGACAUUAAAAACAAACCAACUAACAGUUAGUGUCUUUGACGGCAGUAAAUCUUUUUGUACAGUUGAUAUGUUGAAAAAUGCCACAAGACCGACGUGUUUCCACACACAGUCCGAAAGCAAUGAUCUGAUAAUACCUAGGAGUGGUCACCGUGUGCUUGUGGACAGUCAGUUCUUGUACAGCUGGGGAGGGUUCAAUUCUGACCUCUGGGACGUGGAAAAUGAUGAACACACGCGUUUUCCCCUCCUCAAAGAGAUGCUGCAGUACGAGAUGGUAACAGACACCUGGAGGAAACUAGAGAUGGAGGGGGAGUUUCCCACAGGCCUCGCCUCACAUGUUGUGUUUAAACUUCAUAGACAUAUUCUGCACACAGGGGGGUCAGGUGUGCCUUUUGGUGGCUCUAACUCUAACGCCAUCUAUGAUUUUAACCUGGAUACCCUCCAGUGGAAGUGUAUUGUUCAAGAGCAAGAUCUCAGUGAAGAGAAAGAGGCUGCAGCACCAAAAUACGGACAGGCAUUGGCUCAAAUAGAUAACUACAUGUAUAUUGUUGGUGGAACAAGUGGUUUUACCUAUGACAUGGACAUUAACAGACUCAACCUCACUGAUCUCACGUGGGAACAUCUCGAACCAAGGUCCAAAUAUGUGCCAAGUGAAAGAUACCGACAUGAAGUAGUUCACUAUGAGGGCAACCUUUAUCUGUUUGGCGGGGGGACAGCAGGCAUAGAGUACCAACUGAAAGAAAUUGAUGUAUUCCACAUUGAGAUGAGGGUUUGGGAGAAAGCCCCAACAGUGCCAUACCAAGACAUUGAUGGAGGAAAAUCACUGUAUCCAGCUGGGAGGAAAUGUCACAGCUGCCACCUGCUCGCUGACAGUGUAUAUGUGAUAGGAGGACUAGGGGGUGGCAGAAUCCAGCAGAAGAUCUGGAGGUUACACCUUCCAAGCCUCCAGUGGACCAAACUAGACUUCUCCCUGCCCAAACCAGUCUACUUCCACUCCAGUGCCCUCACUCAGGAUGGCUGUUUAUUUGUGUUUGGUGGUGUGACUAAGAUAGACACAGAGCGUACUAAUGACCUACAGUGUGUGUGGCUGGCUAUCCCAAGCCUGCGGACAAUGAGUUGGAGCGUAGUCUGGUCUUGUCUGGAUAAAACGAGGCUGGCCGAGACCCGGAGUAGGCUUCUGCAGCUGGGUGUGCCUGCUGACCUCCUCCAGUCUAGAUAGCACAGCCCUGUGCAGUUUCAAUACAGUAAACACUGCCAGAAAUGAAGAGAUUAGCCUUGAUGUUACCUGGUUACAAGGAUCAUAUCAGCACACUAUGAUACAAGCAACCAUUCACAAAAUAUGAAGAAAAUAAUAAGAAGCUGAUACAAAAAGAGCUUAAGUUUGUACUUGAAGAGUUCUUUACUCACAGAUCCAAAGAGGGUGGUGGGUUUAAGGUGGACAAAAUGUCAGGAGAUUUGCAAGCAUAAUAAUUAACCGGACAAGAACAUCACCUUCAUAUUUUUUUAUAAGCAUUGUUACAAAAAAAAUCAAGUGCAAUCCCAAAUUGAAAAACUACAACUAAUUUUUAAAUAAUAUUUCAAUGGGUUGUCACAGGUGAACCAAAGAAGCAGUUCGUUUAUUUUCUCUCACAAUUAUUAUUUUUGUUCUGGAGUUUAUUUUUAAUUUCGAUAAGAUUCUAGGAAUUAUUCUUAAAGAAAUAAUUUAUCAAAUGAUCAGAAAAUGUUUUGUCCUGGGAUAGUUUAGAUAAUUUUAGAAUUAUGUAUACCGUACACACUUAAUUGAUUGUUGGUAUUUGAUAUUAGAAUGUGGUAUAUUUUAAUAUUUGAUAUGUCAAAUAUUUUUGUUGUUAGAUUAUUUUGCAAUUGUGCCAGUAGUAAAUAUUGUAUAAUACUCCCUGAGUGUUGUACUCACUAUUCAGCGGGAUUUUGAGUCAUUUGUACAGGUCAGUAAUCCUAGAAUGGCUCAUGUGUGUUACUGAAGGUCCAAUGUACAAUUUAUGUCACCUGUGUGGAUGGCAACCAUACAGGGAUCAUGUUGUCUGCCAUUGUUGUUGUCUGCGUCUGUGCCCUCACACUUUUGUUUCUGCUCACUAACUGUUUAGCUUACCAGUGCUCAAGGUGAGCUAUUGUGAUUGGUCUUUGUCCGGCGUCCGUCCAACAGUCCGUCCGUCCUUCAAGAAUUGCUUAAAAAACAUCUCUGAAACUACCUGGCCAAAUUCAAUGAAACUUUACAGGAAGCUUCCUUGAGUGACCCUCUACAAAAAUACAACAAGUGGUCACGAUUGAUCGACAACAACUAAAUGGGCGACUUCCUGUUUUGCUUUAAAAAAUAUCUUCUCUGAAACUACCAGUCCAAAUUGAAUGAAACUUUACAGGAAGCUUCCUUGGGUGACCCUCUACAAAAAUACAACAAGGGGUCACGAUUGAUCAACACCAACAGCAACAACAACAAAAUGGCUGACUUCCUGUUUUGCUUUAAAAAAAAUCUACUCUUAAACUACCAAUCUAAAUUCAAUGAAACUUUACAGGAAGCUUCCUGGGGUGACCCUCUUCAAAAAUACAACAAGGGGUCAUGAUUAAUCAGCAACAACAAAAUGGCUGACUUUCUGUUUUACUUUAAAAAACCCAUCUCUUCUGAAACUACCAAUCCAGAUUCAAUGAAACUUUACAGGAAGCUUCCUUGGGUGACCCUCUACAAAAAUACAACAAGGGGUCAUGAUUGAUCAACACCAAAAGCAACAACAACAAAAUGGCUGACUUCCUGUUUUGCUUUAAAAAACACAUCUCCGUUGAAACUACCACUCAAAAUUCAAUGAAACUUUACAGGAAGCUUCCUGGGGUGACCCUCUUCAAAAAUACAACAAGGGGUCAUGAUUGAUCAACAACAACAGCAACAACAACAAAAUGGCUGACUUCCUGUUUUGCUUUAAAAAAAACAUCUCCUCUAAAACUACCAGUCCAAAUUCAAUGAAACUUUACAGGAAGCUUCCUUGGGUGACCCUCUUUAAAAAUACAACAAGGGGUCAUGAUUGAUCUGCAACAACAACAACAGCAGCAACAACAAAAUGGCUGACUUUCUGUUUCGCUUUAAAAAACCCAUCUCCUCUGAAACUACCAAUCCAAAUUCAAUGAAACUUUACAGGAAGCUUUCUUGGGUGACCCUCUACAAAGAAACAACAAGGGGUCACGAUUGAUUAACAACAACAACAACAGCAACAACAACAAAAUGGCUGACUUCCUGUUUUGCUUUAAAAAAACAUCUCCUCUAAAACUACCAGUCCAAAUUCAAUUAAACUUUACAGAAAGCUUCCUUGGGUGACCCUCUACAAAAAUACAACAAGGGGUCAUGAUUGAUAAACAACAACAACAACAACAGCAAAAUGGCCGACUUCCUGUUUUGCUUUAAGAAACAUUUCCUCUGAAACUACCAGGCCAAAUUCACUGAAACUUUACAGGAAGCUUCAUUGCAUGACCCUCUACAAAAAUACAACAAGGCAUUGAGAUUGAUCAACAACAACAACAAAAUGGCCAACUUACUGUUUUGCUUUAAAAUAAAUCUCUGAAACUACCAGGCCAAAUUCAAUGAAACUUUACUGGUAGCUUCAUUACAGACCCUUUACAAAUAUAAAACAAGGCAUCGUCAUCAGUAAAGAUAUGUUUAAAUUGCAACAUUUUUAUUAAUGCUUUAUCACAGAGUUGUGGCCCUUUCCUUAGUUGAGUAUUUUAGGGCAAUCAUGGCCCUCUUGUUUAUUUGUUGUCCAAUCGUUACCAAACUUGGUCACAAUGUUUAUUGACAUGACAUCUUGACUGAGUUGGAUCAACACCCAGAGUUAUGGUCCUUGAUUUAUCAAUUUUUUUUUAUCUUUCAAUCUUUACCAAACUUUGGUAGAAUGUUUAUGAACUUUUUAUCUUGACUGAGCUUGAUAUAAACAGUCUGGGUUAGAAUGUAAUAUAUGUUGUCGCUUGUCUAUUUUUAUGAAAUAGAUUUGUUUAAACCAAGUAUGGCCUAUUGUCAACAUUGUACUAAUUUCACUUUGUCCAUUCUCUAAUUUAAGCAUUGCUACCGAAUCUUACUUAUCCGGUGGUUCUAAUACUCCUGAUAUCCCACCGCUACCACCAGUGUUACAGAAUCACACUUAACCGGUGUUGUUAAAAACUUUGACAUUUCACCACUGGCCAACAGUGUUACCCAAUCUCACCUGCUACAACAAAGACUAACCUGGGAGCAAAGAUCCUUUUCAGGAUUCCUUGUUCGGUAAAGUAGUUCGCUGCCACCAAUAUUUCUUGAGAUACUUCAAUAGCCCUUUAUUUGGAGAGCUUCACAAACAUGAAGAAACAAACACAUUAUAAUUUUCUUCUACUACCAUUUAUUCAUUAACAUAUAACUGCAUGCCUGCAAUGUUAGUUAACCUAUCUCCGCUGGCAAUGCCCACUGCCAACAGUAUUAUUUAACUGCUGUGCCUGCAGUGUUUCAUAACUACCCUCUGCCUCUGCCUGUCAGUAUAACAUAACCCAUCUCUGCCAUCAGUAUUACAUUACUGCUGUGCCAGCCGUGCCCAUUGCAGCCGAUGAUGCCCUUUGCUGCUGACAAUAUAACACAACCGGUGGCAGAGCACUUAGAACUCUGCAGGUAAUUUCAAAACAGGUAGAGCUUCCAACUGGAGCCCUAAGCCUGAUUCAUUAAUGUCAAAUAGAAAAGUAUUUAACAACCCACACAAAUUACAUUGUGAAGGAGAACACAGAACUGUUGCUAAUUCCUAAAUUGCAACAGCAUUUCUUAUCCAAUCUUUACCAAACCUUUGUUACAAUGUUCAUUCCAUUAACAGUGAGAUCACAACAUUAACUCUGGAGUUAAUGCCCUUUGAUUGUCAAAAUUGUGCCAAAAUUCAUUUUGAUUUCUUUCUUACUUGAGGGUUUGUUAUCUAAUCUUUACUACAUUGGGUAACAAUAGAGCAUAAUGUAUCAAACAAGUUUGACAAACAGCCAGAUCAAACUAUACACCACAUGAGUUAUGGCCCUUUAAAUUUUAAAAUUUUAACCGAAGUUACUUCGACUGUCCACUCAAAAUAACUCGAGCAUUUCUUAUCCAGUUCUAAGCAAGUGGGUCAACAAUGGUAAUGGGGAUAAUUUCUUAUUUGUUUCAGAUAAACUAGCAGAUUACUGUAAUUUUUCCAGAGUCCGUACUGAUGUUUGAUUAUAUCCCUUGACCAAGCAAUGUUUGGUGCGGGGAAAUGACAUAGGAAAAGCAAUACAACUAUAUGUCAAUGUUAUGCUGUCCAAUUUUCCAUGCUUUUCUUAAAUUAUGCAAGGAAUAGAUGAAGGCAUUGAUUAAAAGUGAUAUUUUACUAGUUUUAGCCUAUGUUUAAAAAUGGUAUUGAUUUUAUAUGAAAAAAAUCUGUAUUGGCUAUGGCAUUCAAAAUAUUACUACUAAAUUUGCUUCUGCGAUGAUGGACCCGCACGGCAGGUGACAUAUGACAUUCGAAAUAUUCUAGUUACCAUUACAACUUACAGCCUGAUUUUACUGUCACUCGGUGACAGCACUCAAUACUGGCAACAUACAUGUUCUGAGUUACUCCCACUUAUUGAAAUAUAUAGAAAUGUUUUUUUUUACCUUGUUGUCAACUAUUACAGGAUUGUUAUUAUGAUUAUGUGUGUUUACACUAUUAUGUUAUUAACCAUGUUUUCACAUAGUGAAACCUGGUUAUUAGAAUGACGAACGUCGUUGUUCGGGCGGCCGGGUAGCGUCAAACUUACCUAUGAAACUGAAUAAUUUCAGUAAGGGUUGACAUAUCUUGACCAAAAUAAAGAAAGAGUUUAUGGAGACCUUUCAUGGGAUUGCGUUUGGGGUCCCUAGAGUCAAGGUCUCUGUUACUAAAAAUUGUAAAACAGUUGAAACUGAAUAACUUUAGUUAGGGUUCACAUAUCUUGACCCAACAUGGUAUAAAGGAAGAGUUUAUGGAUACCUUUCAUGGGAUUGAAUUUGGGGUGCCUAGGGUCAAGGUCAAGGUCACUGUUACUAAAAAUAGAAAAACAGUUGGAACUGAAUAACUUUAGUCAGGGUUCACAUAUCUUGACCCAACUUGGCAUAAAGGAAGAGUUUAUGGAGACCUUUCAUGGGAUUGCGUUUGGGGUCCCUAGGGUCAAGGUCACUGUUACUAAAAAUUGUAGAGUGGUUGAAACUGAAUAACUUUAGUUCAAGUUCACAUAUCUUGAUCAAACUUGGUAUAUAGUUAUGGAGUUUACGGAGACCUUUCAUGGGGUUGUGUAUAGGGCUUUUAGGGUCAAGGUCACUGUUACUAAAAAGAGAAAAACGGUUGAAACUGAAUAUCUUUAGUCAGGGUUCACAUAUCUUGACCAAGCUUGGUACAUAGAAAGAGUUUAUGGAGACCUUUCAUGGGAUUGCGAAUAGGGGUCAAGGUCACUGUUACUAAAAAGAGAACUAGAAGCGCCGCAAUGCGACGAAACCAGGUUUUUGUUAUGGGCAAUCAGAAAUUAAAGCCAAUUAAUUUGUUGUAUGACUUUAUCUUUACUUUUAUCAAAAAGAGACGUAACUGAAAAUUACUGUUGGCGGAAACCAUUUUUCUAUUUUUGCAAAACAUGCAUGGAUCACUGUUAGAUUAGAUUCCAAUCGACAUAACAAGUUUUACUGAACAAAGUUCUUAUAUUCUGUAAACUAACCAUAUGUGAAGGUUAACCAAGGGGAUAUGAUUGUCAACAAACAUGUUCGUUCAGUUAUGGUGUGUUUUUUAAAUUUCUUGACCUAUGUACAAUUUCACAUUGUCAACUGUUCCACGUUGUUUUUAGUUAGUUAGUUUCAGCUUGACCCACUGUGAUACCAACUUAAAUCAUGUUCAUUUGUCAGUUCUGGGACUUCAGUUUCUAGUCAAAAUAAGAUUCAAGAUGAUUUGAAGAAACAGAAUUUGAUACAGAGUCCAUAGCACUUUUGUGAAUAGACCUCUUGGUUCUUUAACAUGCUCUCAGUGAAGCACUGAUACAUGAGAUACAACAUUAAACUUUGAAAAUGGUGAAGUCAGUACUAGUCUAAACCCGACUUUUCACACCAUUUUCACCAUUUUCAAAGUUUAAUGCCUAGCUCCAGACAUAUGGUACCCCAUUUUAAUAUAUUACUUUUUGUGAAGUGUUUUAGCAAAUGGAUCAAUUGCCUUACCUGAUAUGAUAAACAUGCCUUAUUUUUUUUUUUUUUUGAAGAAGUGAAUGCAAAUGGUUAAUU